CUGUCACAACUCUGAACUCACUGGUGAUAUUGUCAUUUCCAUGUUUAAUAUUGGAACAUUUGUACAUAGUUUAUAUUUUAGAUUCAUUUUCACCAACACAUUAAAUGAGUUACAUUAUUUAUGAAUGUGAAAUAACUAGUAUUAUAUAAUAAGGACCUAGGAUCUAGAAAUGGGAGGCGAGCGCGAAAGGAGUAGACAUCGUAGUGUAGAUCGACACCGAAGUCGUAGUAGAGAGAAAAACAGGAGUCGUGAUCGUGAGAAGAGAGGUCGGAGCAGAGACCGUAUAAGAGACCACAGCAACGAUCGACGUAGAAAUGGCAGCAGGGAAAGGAAACACAGCGUCGAACGACAUACGGGCAAUAAACGUAGGAGUAGCAGUAGCGAGGAUAAUAAGGACAGGGAGCGAAGGAAUCGUCACAGAGAUGAUAGGGAUUUCUCUAGAGAUCGUGAAAAAACACAAAAUCGUGACCGCGGUCACAGUUCCUAUAAAGAAUUCAGUGGUGGAGGCUUAGGUGGAGGGUUAGGUAGCGGCGGCCCUGCUCCACGAGGCCGGUAUAAACCACAAGAGGAAGAAUUCCUCGAUGCAAGAAGAGAGGAGAGGGAAAGAAUAGGUGAAGUUGGAGUAUCUUCAGUGUGGGGAAAAUCACCAACUAGGCCUGAUUCUGAAGAAGAGGAACAAGAAAAAGUCUCUGAGAGCAACAAAGAAAAGAAAAAGAGUAAAAAAUCAAAAGACAAAGACGCCACAAAGGAGAAACUCAAAAAGUUAAAGAAAAAGCUUAAGAAAGUAAAGAAGGCUAGGAAAAAGGCUAAAAAGAAAAAAUCUAAAAGUUCUAGCAGUGACAGCAGUUCAAGCAGUGAGGAAGAAAUUUGGGUUGAAAAAGGAAAAGAACACGAUAUCGAAGCAAUAACCAAAUCAUCAAAAUCAAAGAAACAAGAUGAAGAGCUGGCAUCAGAGGCGUACGGUCCAGUCCCACGCACUGGCCCAGCAUUAGGACAUAAAGAUUUUGGUCGAGCGUUGUUACCAGGAGAGGGGGCCGCUAUGGCUGCCUAUGUGGCUGAAGGAAAACGUAUUCCAAGAAGAGGUGAAAUAGGUCUGACGUCAGAUGAAAUAGCAGCGUAUGAAUCUGUAGGAUAUGUUAUGAGCGGAAGCAGGCACCGACGUAUGGAGGCUGUACGUAUACGUAAGGAAAACCAGAUUUAUUCAGCGGACGAGAAGAGAGCCUUAGCUGCUUUCAGUAAAGAGGAGAGAGCCAAACGAGAAAAUGCUAUACUUGCACAGUUCAGAGAUGUUUUGCAAGCACGGUCACAACGCAGAGAUUCCACUUAAUUGAUUAUUUCAGAGAUAUAUUGUGUCUUUCAGUCAAUCAGAUGCUUGAAUAUAUAAACAAUUACUGCAAAAAUCAAGAUAAUCACAAACAAAAUAUUGAUCUACAUGUAAAAGGCGUAGUAAAAAGGAGAUCUUGAUAAAAACUAGGUCAUACAUGGUCAUUAAUGAAGUAAUUAAUCGACAGAUAUAUUCCUAUCUACAUUUAUUGAUGAUUAAAUGUUCUAUCCCAAAGGACAAAUUUCAGCUACGUUUUGAUAAGGACCAUAAUAGACAUACAUUUACAUGAAAUCUGCUGUUAUAUAUUUAUUAACAUAACAGUGCACAUAUUAAAGACUUGAAUCCAAUUCAAUUCAAAUGAAGUGGAGUGAAUAAUGUAAAAAACAACAAAAAUGGAUGGAGAAUGAUAGUGUGUUCUACAACUAAUUGUCGCCAAUUGAAAAACAAAUCGAAGCUUGUAAGAUAAAAAAAAAGAAUAGAAUUAGUUUAACUAAACAAAAUAAAGAUAUUUUUAAAUUAAACAAUUUAUUCA